AAAAAUGUGACUACUAGAGUGUUACCAAGGUUUUUCUUUUUUAAGCUCCUUUGACCUAGUUUUUCAUCCGAUAUGACCCAGACAAGCAUCUUGACCAAGUUUGAUGAUGAUUAAGUCAAAAAUGUGACCGCUAGAGUGUUAACAAGGUUUUUCUAUUUUUAGCUCCUGUGACCUAGUUUUUCAUCCGAGAUGACCCAUGACCAAAAAUAUGACCGCUAGAGUGUUAACAAACAAGUGUGUACGGACGACGGACCACAGAAGAUGGACAUUCAACCCCUGAGCUAACUCAUAUACAGCCGAACAUUGUGAUAUCGUAUUAGUUUCCAGAAUGUCACCAAAAAGAAAAAUCAGCUGCAGCAGUUCUGAAAAAGAAGAGUUACAGGAUAAACAGAUGUUGAUCAACAAUGAAUUUUGUGAAGAAAAUGGAAUCGCAGACCUAACACUGAUUGUAGAGAACCAUAAAAUACCUGUUUCUAAGACAGUUCUGUGCAUAGCAUCUCCCGUGUUUCGAACCAUGUUAGAAGGUUACUUCCGGGAGAAAACGGGGACUGAAAUUCCAUUACCUGGCAAAAGUUAUAAAGACAUCGAAGAAUUCCUGAGAUGUAUUUAUCCUGACAAGAUGCAGAAAGUGACAGAACAAAACGUCUACAUGCUUCUUCCUUUGGCCCAUGAAUAUGACAUUAGAAAUGUCAUGAAGUGUUGCCAAAAUAUACUUACGCAAACAGUAGAGAAUAUUCACACAAGGGAUGUGGAGCAAUUGUAUCGGCAUAUUCAGUUGUCUGAAAUGUAUAACUUAGAAUAUCUGAAGGAAAGGUGCAUUUAUCUUGCUUCAGAGAAUACUCUUAAGCAGUUCAAAGAAGCAAGAAUCAUACACCAAAUAUCAGAUGGGAGUCAUUACAAGAUUAUAGAGCUGGCUCUGAGAAGACAUGAGCUGAAUGAGGCUGAUAAAAAGGACUUUAAUGUCAAAACAUUAAAUAAAGGUAUCUUUUGUGAAGAAGAAGUAAUUUUUAAUCUUGAGGGAAAAUUGCACACGAGGGAUUUUGAAAAUGAAGCGAAAUGUUUGAAAUAUUUAAGAAUAGCUGAACGAUUCGGACUUAAAAUGAACAACACGAACAUCAGCUCAAUACUACGGGACAAAUAUGAACAUUUAGACUGUGGAGAAGAAUUUGACCUCCUCCCAGAAAAAAUCAAAUCUGCUUUACUAAAUUAA